CCGCGGCAGUCUCCUCCCCGGAUACCGCACUCCUACCCCCGGCUCCUAUAAAACAAGCACGACUAACAGGCCGUCCCCGGGCUGCUCAUUUUUCUUGUUGAUGGUUAGACUUUGCGAGAGAAGGAUGAAGUUCCUUGUAGCCGUUACAGUCAUUGUGGGAUCUCUGAUUUUUCUCGCUUUCCCAAAUGGCUCGUCUGCUGACGAGAAGAAGAAAGGCCCCAAAGUAACUGCGAAGGUUUUCUUUGACAUUCGGAUUGGAGAUGAAGAUGUUGGAAGAGUUGUCAUCGGGUUGUUUGGGAAAACUGUUCCCAAAACGGUCGACAACUUUGUGGCUUUGGCGACAGGAGAGAAAGGAUUUGGUUACAAGGGCAGCAAAUUCCACAGAGUCAUCAAGGAGUUCAUGAUCCAGGGUGGAGACUUCACCAGAGGAGAUGGCACUGGAGGCAAGAGCAUCUAUGGAGACCGCUUCCCAGAUGAGAACUUCAAGCUGAAGCACUACGGCCCUGGCUGGCUCAGUAUGGCCAACGCAGGCAAAGACACAAAUGGCUCUCAGUUCUUCAUCACCACAGUUGAGACUCCAUGGCUUAACGGCAAACAUGUGGUCUUUGGAAAAAUUCUGGAAGGGAUGGAUGUGGUGAAGAAGAUCGAAGCCACAAAGACAGAUAGCCGCGAUAAGCCUCUUAAAGAUGUCACCAUUCACGAUUGCGGCAAAAUCGAGGUGGAGAAGCCGUUCGCUGUGGCCAAGGAGUAGAGUGCAGCUGGGGGGGUGGGGGAGUGCAAAGAAAACAGGACUGGGGGGAUCGUGCAGGCCACCUCAUUUUUAUCACCAACAGACCUGUGAUCCUGGAAAAGGGGCUUUGGGUCAUUCGGUGUCUGUGGCUGCCGUCUUAAAGCACCAGAAGAUCAUUAACAUCGAGCAAUCUUGACAACACUCUGGGUCCAUUUACUGACGAGCAUUCCAAGGUGCACUUAACUGUUCGUUGGGGGGGCGGUUUUUUGUAAAAAAAGAAAUCUGGAAUAAAGGUUUCGAUUUUUCUUAAA